UCCAGUCACGGCAUCCUCACAUUGAACUGAAUGAACAGACACGUCUUACUAUCCUGACAUCCUAUGAAAUAAAGCCAGAGGGCAGCCACUGUGUGUUAUUGAGUGAAAGACAAGUGAUCGUUUUGAUAACUGCGACCUAUACGGCUCCAAGAUCCUCGCAUCUGACUCAAGGAAUGAAAUCUGGCCAGUGAUGCAACGGGGAAAAACGCGUUCUCACAUCAUUCCUAAGAGAGAGACUGCUGUAAAGGACAGCUCCGUUCAUUGGUUUAAGUAGGCUAAAUACGGCAUGUUUGAUUUUGAAUUACUGGAUAAUGUCGAUUAUUGGAGUUGUACUCGUACCAGGCGAUGUGCACGAAAUCGUGUUUCGUUUAUAAAUAAAGAGGAAACACGCAGCACGUUGUGAACUGGUCAUCAGGAGCGCAAGAUUCAUCCAGUCUUCAUUCAUGGGAUGACGUCUUGGUGUAUGUCCUGUCCCAUCAACCCCUGCCCCGUCUCCUGUCUGCCUGUGAACGCGUGACUCCAGCAGGCUGAUGAGACGCUUCGUGUACUGUAAGGUGGUGUUGACCACCUCUCUGGUCUGGGUGCUAGUAGACGUUUUCCUGCUGCUGUACUUCAGUGAGUGCAACAAAUGCGACAACAAGAAGGAUCGAUCGCUCCUGCCGGCGCUGAGAGCGGUGAUGUCACGCACCCAUGAGGCUCCUGGUGAAAUGGGAAAGGCUGUGAUCAUUCCUAAAGAACAGCAUGACAAGAUGAAAGAACUCUUUAAAAUCAAUCAGUUUAACCUGAUGGCCAGUGACAUGAUUGCACUUAACAGAAGUCUGCCGGAUGUCAGGCUGGACGGAUGUAAGACGAAGACAUACCCUGACGACCUCCCGAACACCAGCAUUGUGAUUGUGUUUCAUAACGAAGCAUGGGGUACUCUCCUGAGAACCAUACAUAGCGCCAUAAACCGCUCGCCCAGACACCUACUGCUGGAGAUACUUCUGGUGGACGAUGCUAGCGAGAGAGAUUUCCUGAAAAAGAAAUUAGAGGAAUAUGUUGCCCAUCUUGAAGUUCCGGUACAGAUUUUGAGGAUGGAACAGCGAACUGGUUUAAUUCGAGCGCGGCUGAGAGGGGCAGCUGUUGCACGAGGGCAGGUUAUAACCUUCUUGGAUGCCCACUGUGAGUGCACUGUGGGGUGGCUGGAGCCGCUGCUGGCCCGGAUUAAAGAGGACAGAAGGGCUGUGGUCUGCCCUAUCAUUGAUGUCAUCAGCGAUGAGACAUUUGAGUACAUGGCCGGCUCAGAUAUGACCUAUGGGGGAUUCAACUGGAAACUCAACUUCAGAUGGUAUCCAGUUCCUCAGAGAGAGAUGGACCGGCGAAAAGGAGACAGGACCCUUCCUGUAAGAACUCCAACGAUGGCGGGAGGUCUGUUCUCUAUUGACCGAACAUAUUUUGAAGAGAUCGGCACGUAUGACUCGGGUAUGGAUAUAUGGGGAGGAGAAAACCUGGAGAUGUCUUUUAGGAUCUGGCAGUGUGGAGGAUCUCUUGAGAUAGUCACAUGUUCUCAUGUGGGUCAUGUAUUCCGGAAAGCCACACCAUACAGCUUCCCCGGUGGAACUGGUCAAGUUAUUAACAAGAACAACAGACGACUGGCCGAAGUCUGGAUGGACGAGUUUAAAGAUUUCUUCUACAUUAUCUCACCAGGUGUGGUUCGGGUGGAUUAUGGAGACGUGUCCUCUCGGAAAGCUUUAAGAGAAGCUCUGAAGUGCAAACCAUUCUCAUGGUACCUGGAGAACAUCUACCCCGACUCUCAGAUUCCACGGAGGUAUUACUCCCUCGGAGAGAUCAGAAACGUUGAGACCAAUCAGUGUGUGGAUAACAUGGGCCGUAAAGAGAAUGAAAAGGUUGGUUUCUUCAACUGCCAUGGAAUGGGCGGCAACCAGGUAUUCUCGUACACGGCUGAUAAAGAGAUCCGUACAGAUGACCUGUGUCUGGAUGUAUCGCGGCUCAACGGACCUGUCGUUAUGCUGAAAUGUCACCACAUGAAGGGAAACCAGAUGUUUGAAUACGAUGCAGAGUAUGUGGGCAAAUGGGAAUAUGAUUUUAAGAAACGCACCUUCCUUCACAUAAUCACCCAGUCAUGUCUGACCAUCAGUCGGUUGGAGGAUGGAGCGUAUGGCCCAACUGUGGAAUACUGCGAUGAUGGCCCCCUUCAGGCCUGGGUGCUGCGCAACUUCACCCGUCUGGAGGUCUUUAGGAAGCUCUACUACAGCCCAACUGAUUACAUUCUGUAACUACCACAACUUCCUGUUUAUGGCAGGUCAGUUCUGAUAAAAUCAGCGACCCAACCCAAAGUCAACGGAAUGGAAUACAUGUAACAGUGUUACGUAAUCAGGAUACGAAAACAAAAACGAAAAAACUUCGGUACAGUUAACACAGAUUACAGUUACAUUUUGUGAAAAAAGGGAAUACUAUCAGGAUUACAUUGGUUUCAUUUAAAAUCAGUAUUUUGGCAUACAGUGGUUCCUGCUUCUGUUGUCAGUGAUGAGCCACCUGCUGGUGCAUGCGCAAAUAACACGUCUACUAAGUUUUUUAAUAUUUAUUUUGAAUUGACUGUAUUUAUAUUUGACUAAGGAAUCCAAAAGUAAUCAGAUUACAUUACUUUUAUAUUGGUGCUUGGAUUAAGUUCCUUUAAGGAAAAGACAUACAUUUCACACACGUUUUUCACGUUUUCAUGUGAAUUUCAUGUGUCUUUUCUUUAAGGGUUAUUGAAUACGUUUUUAUGAAGUAAUUUGUAACUGGAAUGGAAUACAAUUUAAAAGUAACCCUCCCAAGAUAUCUUUUCUGGAUUUUACUUUGGGUAUUUACCAACAGCAAUGUACUAAAUAUAUAGCAUAUUUUCCUUUGCAAAACAUGUAGAUGCAACCAUAUGUAACGUUUGGUCUGAGAGAAACAUUUGAAAUCAUCUUAACUUCUCUAAUGCAAUCUUGUUUUUAAGAUAUGUAUUUGAGCGAUUGAGCGAAUCUGUUAGUAAAGUCCUGGCUCAUAGUUGAACUGUUAAGAAAUUUUAACCUGAAUUUGACUUCUGGGGUCAUGGCCUACAUUCCAGGCAGGUUUUCAUGCAUUUAGAAGCAAUUACUACUGACCUUUUGAGAGAAAUAAAAGAGGACAGCAUCUCACAGGAAACACAAACGCAAUAACAUGUCUGCUAGACAUAUCCUGGUAUUUCAGACAUUACAUUUGAAAGGUGUUGUUAUUAUAUUAAUAUUUUAUUUUGAUAUGAAAACCUGCUGGCAACCAGCACACCACCUACACCGGCUUUUGUUGAGCACGAUCAGAGAAGGCGGUUUUAUUCGAGGUUGAUUAUCUGUUCGUGGUGGUUUGAAAUGGACCUGUCUUUGUUUACGAGCUCUUUUGAAGUGAUCUCAUUGUGAAAGGUUUCUUUCAUGGCCCCGGCUUUCGCAGACUCGCGGUCACAUGGCAGCUGCGCUCAUCACAAACAGAAUAAGGUUUUUUUUAUAUUUAUUGUCAAACCCCUGAAUUUUAAUGGCCACUCGAGUAUUUUUAAUAUGCAUUCUGAUUUUUUCAUCAUGGUCAGACAUCAGUGUUUCAUCAAUGCUUGUGUCUUUAUGUUUUCAACAUAUACAAGACUUUUUAUUUUAUAGUUUAGAAUUAGCAUAACGUCACAAUUGCCCGUCUGUGUGGACACUAAUACAGUAUAUAGUAAUAGUUAUUGUCAUGGUGUGAAAGGCUCAUAACACCUCCAUCAAUUAACAAGUACAGUUUGUUGUGUUACAUAUAGAUAAGGGUCAAAGACCUUAAUAUGUCCCCAUCAAAAGAAAUUCACAAAAGGAUUUUAUGUCCAUAGAAAGCACAUUAAAUGUAAGUAAAAAGUGUACUUUAUGGUUUCAACUAAGUUUAUGGAGAAUAAAAUGUCAAAAAUUGUUUGAAAUAAUGUAACAUUGUCAUUCAGUGUAACAAAUGUACAAAUUCAAACAACAUGCUUAUUCUGACUUAAAGAAUAAGGGAGCAUAUUACAUUUUAUUGUGCUUUAUAUGAGUAUUCUUAUUUACAAAUGGGCAAAACCUAGGAUAAUGGCCAAUUUUAAAAAAAGUAAAAUUACAACUAAUUAGCAUUUGGGGUGAAAGUUAUUGUCUUUUAAUAUGUCAUAAAUAGAUUUUUGUUGUAAAUAUGCCUGAAAAGAUUGUUACACUGAAUGACACUUUAGUGGGUGUCUUCUGUAAAUCAGGGAAAAUGUAUGAUAUUUAUUUUUUGCUCAGAAAAACAAAAACAAAAAUGCAAUUAACUUCAACAGAAAACUUUUUCAUUUUUUUAACAACAACAAUUUAAAGCAGUAUUACGCGUAUUGUUUCUAUGCUUAAAGCCUUUUUCAUCUUUGACCCAUGUAUAUGUAUUUUUUUAUGAAAUACAAAAGGUAAAAUAAUUUUUGCAGAGCAUUGAACAUCAAAUAAUUUACAUCAUGAAGUUCCACAAAAAAUCUAAUAAAAUAGUAAUUCUAUAUUCCAAGUGAAAAACUCAAACUAAAAUCAUGAACAGAGUCACAAUUACGCUGUAAAACUUUGCUGUAGUUUUGCAGCAGGUUUGCCAGUAACUUACUUGAGAUUGAAUGACUUUCCUAAUAGUACUGUUUUCAAUUUGAGUUCAACCAAAAUUAAAACAUUUGACUUUUGAGAUUCAAAAUGUGCAAGAAGAGACCGGCAUUAGCACAGAAACACUGCAAAAAAUGACAUUCUUCCUAAGCAUUAAUUUUUUUGAAUGAAAAUAUUUGAAACUUCAUAAAUGACGAUACAGUUACAUAACAAGAAAAGUCACCUAAGAUAUUAAGCCUUGUUUCAUGAAAGGAAAUAUAAGAACUAGGUAAGUUUAUGUUUAAAACAUGAAUAAAAUAAUAAUAAAUUAAAUCUACAGUAAAGUACUGGCAAACCUGCUGCAAAACUACAGCAACGUUUUACAGUGUAGGUAAUGAUUUAUGUUACGUUACACAGGACACGCAUUGGUCGGUUCACUGUAUCACGUGUGCUUAGUGUUAAACAGCAAAAUCAUAACAAGCAUCAACAUGUGAAUUAUACAGUAAAAUAAAAACAUAUUGCUAAAAUAAACGAAUUGCGUGGAGAUGUAUUGAUUUUAUCGGUAAACUAAUCUGGUUUCAUUGAAAUGUUGACUUAAUGGCAGACUUGUUCUCUAGUGAAAACAUGUUGUAUGUCAGAUGUGUCUUUUACCACGAGGAAUAUUUGUGACACAGAAGUUUUUUUCUUUAGGUCUUAUCUGUCACAAAUAAUUGCGAUAUUACAAUGAUAUCAUCUGUGAUUUUUAUUUCUCAUUGGCAGCUAGUGGCUGUUCAUGAUGAACUCGGAAUGCUCAAUGAUUCAUGGUGAACCUGCCACAGCAUGUGGUCCAACUCAUUUAUCUUUCUGUCUUCUGCUUCAUCUGUAAAAGAGUGUCAGAGCCUGAACAGUGUAUGGUUGAGGAGAGGCAGAACAGUGAAUAUUCUCACCUGUGUCUCAGUGUGAGAGAGUGACUGAUUACCUUCAUUCAGAGCUGUGGAGGAGCAAUCAUCUGCAGGCCGGAGGCAUUUUGGAGCAUGUGUCUGAACUCAGCAGGGCUGCAGCUUAUAUUACAUGAUUCUGAACUUCUGUUGCAUGGCACAGUGCGUAGAAACCACGUUAAACGACUUAAACAGGUCCUAUUUGUCAAAGUCUUUACUAUGUUUAUGAUGUGCUAAACAAUCGGUGUUCGGGUUUUGCGCAUUGUCAUGUUGGAAAAGGGACUGUCGCUAUACAAUUAGAAGCCCUCUCUCUCGCUAUAGCAAGCAGUCACAUCUUUUCUUAUACAUUUAUAGUGUUUAUAUUAGGGCUGUCAAACGAUUAAUCGCGAUUAAUCGCAUCCAGAAUAAAAGUUUGUGUUUACAUAAUAUAUAUCUGUGUACUGUGCAUGAUAAUUUUGUAGUUGUUAACACAUACACAUACAUGCAUAUAUUUAAGGAAAAUCUAAAAAUUAAUAAACAUUUAUAUAUAAUUUCAAUUAUGAGUAAAUAUAAAUAAAUACAUGUAAAUAUUUCCUAAAUAUUCAUGUGUUUGUAUUUAUAAAUACAAAAUUAAUAUGCACAGU